AGACACUGGCUAGCGCUCUCUCUCUCGCUCAGGUUUAAUUGGGGUUGGACAGCGGUGUGCACGUUGGAUGAAGCAUCAGGCCACUCCAGUUCUUUUUUCUGCAUCAAUGUGAAUCUUCCUUCCCUGGGACAUGAACGGGACGCUGCUGGCUGUCUGCUUUGGGAUGCUGUUCUUGGAGGUAGCUCACUCGGCACAAGGGCGCUUCGCACAGCAGCUGUUGAAUGAUCUAAUGGAGAAUUACUCCAACGCCCUGCGGCCGGUGGAGGAUACAGACAAAACCCUCAACGUCACCCUGCAGAUUACACUGUCUCAAAUUAAAGACAUGGAUGAGCGGAACCAGGUGCUGAUAGCGUACCUGUGGAUCAGGCAGACGUGGUAUGACGCGUAUUUGAAGUGGGAUAAAGAGGAGUAUGAUGGAUUGGAGGUCAUUCGCAUCCCCAGCAGCCUGGUGUGGAGACCAGAUCUAGUGCUGUAUAACAAGGCUGAUGAUGACCUCUCUGAGCCUGUGGACACUAAUGUGGUUUUGCGCUACACGGGGGAAAUCACCUGGGACGCUCCAGCCAUCACGAAAAGCUCAUGUGUGGUGGAUGUCUCUUAUUUUCCCUUUGACAGCCAGCAGUGCAACCUCACCUUCGGAUCCUGGACCUACAACGGCAAUCAGGUGGACAUCACCAUGGCGAUGGACAGCGGCGACCUGUCCGACUUCGUGGAGAACGUGGAGUGGGAGUGUCACGGCAUGCCUGCCACCAAGAACGUGAUCAUGUACGGCUGCUGCUCGGACCCGUACCCGGACAUCACGUACACGGUGCUGCUGAAGCGCCGCUCCUCCUUCUACAUCUUCAACCUGCUGCUGCCCUGCUUCCUCAUCUCCUUCCUGGCGCCGCUGGGCUUCUACCUGCCGGCAGACUCUGGGGAAAAGGUCUCUCUCGGGGUCACUGUGCUGCUGGCCCUCACCGUCUUCCAGCUGGUGGUGGCUGAGAGCAUGCCUCCAUCUGAAAGCGUGCCACUCAUAGGUAAGUACUACAUUGCGACAAUGACUAUGAUCACGGCCUCCACUGCUCUGACCAUCUUCAUCAUGAACAUCCACUUCUGUGGCGCUGAAGCCAAACCCGUGCCGCAGUGGGCCAAAGUCCUCAUCAUCGACUACAUGAGCAAGAUCUUCUUUGUUUAUGAGAUCGGAGAGAACUGUGCCUCACCGCUGAGACAGAAUGAAGACAUGGAGGAACGUUACGGCCUGAAGCCUCAUCAGAACCAAUACCAAGGAAGCCUGCAGCACCUGCAGCCCAACAGGAAGCUGAAGGAGCCUCCAGGCCCAGGAGGUCUAAACCCCAGUCGUCAUGGUCCACAACCACAGCUGCAACCCUCCAUCUCUGGGGACCAGAUCAGGAUUUCUGCCCUUUUCUCUCAGACCUCAGGGAAGCAGGAGAGUUUUCUGAAUGAUGCUGUUUUGAAAGACGCUGCGUCUUCUUGUUGUCUGGACGAUGAGAAGCAACCCCCUGCGGCUCUGACCUUUGAUCUCUGCAUAUUCUGCGGCCGGCGUAGUAGCGGCGACGUUCUUGGGCUCUUCAGGGGUGACUCCAAGCUGGUCAGUAACGUAGAGUACAUUGCAAACUGCUUCCGGGAGCAGAGAUCAACGUGUAUGAAGGUGGCGGAAUGGAAGAAGGUGGCCAAGGUGAUGGACAGAUUUUUCAUGUGGAUCUUCUUCAUCAUGGUCUUCCUCAUGAGCAUCCUCAUCAUUGGAAAGUCGCCGUGACGACCAAGCGAUAAGAGGACAUUGCAAUAGCACCAUAAUUGUGUGGUUUAGGUUAUA